AUGUCGAAUGAGAGCGAGCAGUAUCAACUCGAGUUUGCGCGUCUAGUCGAGCGACUCCGCUGCUACGGAGAUCACUGCCCUUUCCCCGCGUGUGGUCCGUCAUCCGCAACGCCACCGCGAACACAAAGAGCUUUGCAACAAAAGGACACUUCACACACUCCCCGGCCAGCCAAAGCACACGACGUGACCAUUGCUAGACUACAUCAGGCAUGUGCCGUGCUGAAAAUCCCCCCUCGCGCUGCGGAAUUUGCGCAACAACUGUUUCGGCAUUUUUUCAAGCCCAUCUCACUGCCGCGGACUUUUGGGGACAAGCACAAGGCUGGCAUAGCCGCUUGCAUCUGGGCCUCUUGUUCUGAACACAAGCUCACAAUCGUUAAAGACAACGUCUGUCUGACUGCCAGCGCCAAGGUAGAGCACUUCCAGGUUGCACAUGGACAGCUGCAAAAAUCAUAUGCAAAGUUCAGGAACCGAUAUUUCAGGGGCAAACUGCGCGCAAAAGCCCCAGCAAAAGGUGCCGUCUACGAUCACAAUGCUAGACGGAGAAGGAGACGAUGUGGGAGAGAUGUAACUGGGGAGCUGAGAACCCGCAUCUUCCUCACAGCCAGUUAG